AUGCGCAAGAAGGCCAAAUUUGGUUGGGAAGCUGUAGAUUUCUUGGAACGAUGCUUUGCAAAGGAUAGCGAGAACAACAGAUUGUCAGCUGAGAAACUUCUUGAGGUUUGCAUUCAACACUAUUUACCACUGGGGAUUUCUUCAUAUGCACUAUCCGAUGGCACACCGUUGGUUGUGUUUUCUGGGCAAGUACCGACUUUGGCAAUCGGAACCGACGCCUUUCAAGAGGCGGAUGUUGUUGGCAUUAGUCGUGCUUGCACAAAGUGGAAUGUAAUGGUAAAAGAUGUGGCCGAGUUACCACGUCGUAUAACCGAAGCAUUUGAAAUCGCUACGACCGGUCGACCUGGUCCGGUACUCGUUGACCUACCAAAGGAUAUCACAGCCGGUAUUCUUAAGAAACCGGUACCACGAAAAUAUACGAUUCCGUCUCGUGCGUUUAGUAAUAUUUUAUCUUCAGAUAAUGGCGAUGUCACGCUUGACCCGAAUAUUAUUCAGGCGGCUGAGAUAAUAAACAAAGCUAAACGACCCGUUAUAUAUGCCGGGCAAGGUGUUUUGUCAAGUGAAAGUCCGAUACUACUGCGAGAGCUGGCCAAACUUGGUAACAUACCCGUUACGACUACUUUGCAAGGUCUUGGAGCUUUCGAUGAGUUGGAUAAUUGUAGUUUGUAUAUGCUUGGUAUGCAUGGAUCUGCUUAUGCCAACCUUGCGAUGCAAAAUGCUGAUGCUAUAAUUGCAUUGGGAGCAAGAUUUGACGAUCGUGUUACUGGUCAUUUGGCUCAUUUUGCACCGGCAGCUAAGCAAGCAGCAAAAGAGGGCCGAGGUGGUAUUGUCCAUUUCGAGAUUAGCCUAAAAAAUAUAAAUAAAGUUGUACAAGCAACGGCAGCCGUCGCGGGAGAUGUAACCGAAAAUCUUGCAAAGUUUCUUAGAAGAACUUUGUGCGUGGCAUCGGUACGGGAUAACAAAAAACUGAUCACAAGAGAAAGCGGAACAAAAAUACCAGCGACAUACAAAAGCGGACGAUUCAAAGAAUGGCAAAAACAGGACAAAAUUUCGAUACCGGCUACAGAUCCGUUAUCCAUUAACUAUAAAAAGAAGAAGAAAAACGUUGCAGAAGAUGGAUACUGGGAAUACAUUGGGAAAGUGACGGUCGAUAAGUUUAAGACAGAGUUGAAAACUAUUGAUCAGAUAAGCAAAGAAAGGAGGAUGAAAGCAAAGCGAAAAGCUAAAAAUGCAAGGCUACCACGAAAAUUGCGGAAGAAAUAA